AUGGCUAACGCGCGUCGUAUUGCCUCAGACUAUAAGCUAAUUACUACACAGCCACCAGAUGGUGUUAGACUUAUAAGUCAGAAAUCCUUGCUCGAAUGGGAGGUCGAAAUUGAUGGUCCUAAAGAAACCAUUUGGGAAAAUGGCCACUUCCGUCUUACAGUCAAUUUCCCAUCUGAAUACCCAUUCAAAGCACCGUCAGUUAAAUUCAUUACAAAAAUAUAUCAUCCGAAUAUUUCUUCCACAGGAGGCAUAUGCUUAGAUCUUUUAAUCGAUAAAUGGCUUCCAUCUUACAACGUCGCAUCACUAUUAGUUUCAAUUAGAUCAUUCCUUGAUGAUCCUAAUCCAGAACACGGCUUAAAUUCAGAAGCUUUAGAAAUGUUUAGAAAUAAUAAGGAUGGAUACAAGAGGACAGUGCGCCAAUAUAUCAACUCAUAUGCCAACGGUACUCAAUAA